CUGACGUGAGCAGACUGAACUGAACUUUAUUUUGUCUUUGUUCUGGAACAUCUAAGUGCUUUUGCCACGUUAUUUUAGACUUUUUUUUUUUUUUUCAAAUCAUCAUCUGGCUGGCCCUGGUGACUCAUGGCUGCCUGGGCGGUCUGGCUCCUGCUCUCUCUGACCGGUGCUGUGAACGUGGGCUCAUGCUGGGGCUACUCCUGUCAGCCCAUCUGCCGCUGCAGCGCAGACACUUUCCAGUGCAGCAGGGACACUCAGCUGGCCUCCAGGGCAUCCAUGACCCAACUAAGAUUCUUUCAUCUACCCUUGAAACAAGUUCCCAGUUAUGCCUUCAAAGAGCUGAUCAACAUAACCAGAAUUGAGAUCUCCCUGAGCAACUGCAUCACCGAGAUCCGUAAGAACGCCAUCUUCUCCGUCCACAGCCUGGUGGAAAUUUCUGUGCAGAAGAUAAACACCCUGACAAGGAUUGAAAAAGGUGCCUUCACUGACCUGCCCAGACUUCAGUACUUGAGCAUUUCAAAUACCGGGCUGACACAGUUCCCAGACUUCACCACUGUCUCCUCCUUGGUCCCAACCAUCGUCCUAGACAUGGCAGACAACAUUAAGAUCGACAGGAUUCCGGCCAACUCUUUCCAGGGAAUCACAAAGCAGCAUGUUGAAAUGAGCUUGAUAAGAAACGGGUUCAAGGAAAUCGAACCUCGGGCAUUCAACGGAAUCAAGCUCAGAACUCUGAUUUUGAGAGACAACAAAUAUCUGCACUACAUUGAUGAAGACGCUUUUGAAGGUUCUUCAGGUCUAAGUGCCCUGGAGGUUUCUUCCACCGCUCUGAGCUCCCUCCCGCCUAAAGGUCUCCAGCAGGUGAGGACCUUGAAAGCCACCGCUGCUUUCGCCCUGAAGAGCCUCCCGUCGCUGGAUAACUUGGCUGAACUGCUUGAAGCGGAGCUCACGUACUCGAGCCACUGCUGUGCCUUCAAGAUGUGGCAACGGAAAAACAGAGAAAGCGUGUCGAAGAACAUGACAACGAUGUGUGAUUUCAGCAACGCAGAAAUAGAGCCCACCUCCGGCGACAUCAACGAGAUUAACUUCCACUACCCGGAUCUGGACUGCUUUAACAACAGCCCCUUUGUCAAUUGCACCCCAAAACCUGACGACUUUAACCCCUGCGAGGACCUGCUGGGGUUUGCUUUCCUGCGCUGCCUGGCCUGGAUCAUCGCAGUGUUUGCGGUCACUGGAAACCUUGCCGUUCUGCUCAUUCUCCUCAUCAGUCACCGCAAACUGACCGUCUCACGCUUCCUCAUGUGUAACCUGGCCAUAGCUGACCUGUGUAUGGGACUCUAUCUGACGCUUAUUGCCUGUAUGGACUUCUACUCCCGGCGGGAGUACUACAACCAUGCGACUGACUGGCAGAACGGGCCGGGAUGCGGCGCUGCAGGCUUUCUGACCGUGUUUGCCAGUGAGUUAUCCGUGUACACUCUGACCGUGAUCAGCCUGGAGCGAUGGCACACCAUCACUAAUGCCAUGCACGUGAACAAAAGGCUGCGGCUCCACCACGCCACGGUGAUGAUGGCAGCGGGCUGGGGCUUCUCUCUGCUGGUCGCUCUGCUCCCUCUGGUGGGGGUCAGUAGCUACAGCAAGGUGAGCAUCUGCCUGCCCAUGGACAUCGACUCCCUUCCCUCCCAGCUCUAUGUGAUCACCAUUCUUCUCCUUAACAUCGUGGCCUUCCUGGUCGUCUGCUAUUGCUACAUCUGCAUCUACCUGAGCGUCCACAAGCCGGAGCACUCGGCCCGUCACGGAGACACCAAAAUAGCCAAGCGGAUGGCCGUGCUCAUCUUCACCGACUUCAUUUGCAUGGCUCCGAUCUCAUUUUUCGCCAUCUCAGCCGCCCUCAGGAUGCCCCUCAUCACCGUGUCCCACUCGAAAAUCCUCCUCAUCCUCUUCUAUCCCAUCAACUCUCUGUGCAACCCCUUCCUGUACACCAUCUUCACCCGCAGUUUCAGGCAAGACGUCUGUCUGCUGCUGAGCCGCUGCGGCUGCUGCCCCGCCGCGGCCGACUUCUACAGGUCACAAACUCUGGCGUCGCACUUCACCUGCAGCCAGCAACCACAGAGCAAGUGGACUAGCUCGCUCAGCUUCUACGCUUUUCACAAAAAAAUGAAGGGCUGCUUCCUGAACAAGGGGGCCACAUGAUCUGGAACUCUCUGGGAAAGUCUCUGUCAACUCAAGGAUUUCAAGUUCUAGAUCUGAAUUUUAUCUUAGAUGCCUGUUGUGACCAGUGAAACUGGACUGGCACCCCUGUAGAUGCUUUCUUAGAUAUGUUUGGACCCUAGAAAGACUGAGCAAAUCCUCCACUAUGAAUUCAGCAUUUCAUGUUUCUGAGAAUCAAUCGAGUCACGUGUGUACAUGAUCAGCUUCGACGCAGCUUUCUUUGGUGUACAUUUGGACAGACGCUGGAAUGGACAACUUCGGCUGCCAACGCUGCUUCAACAAGCUGAUCAUGCAGAUACUUGCGGCACAGGUUCCUGGAUCUCUCACCAGUUGCUGUGGAUUUUUGACCUCUCUUGUUGUCCCUUUGCUUUGAGAGACGGCAUCUGCUGAAGCAGCUCUGUCGUCACGGUCGCGUCGUCACGGUUGAAUGUCAAGGAUGUUAUUUUUCCUCAAGGACAAUCUACUAUUAAAUCUUUUCGACAUGAUUGACCUUGUGCUCAUGUUGUUUCAGCAGCGAUUUUGGGAUGAAUAAAAAUGGUAUCAUCAAGAGAAUUGGCGUCAAUCCCCAAAUCCUUUUGCAAAAGGGAGGACGGUUUGCCUUUAAAUGUUAU